AUGACCGGCCUACUACCGCUUGCCUUGCCCAAUUCACGUUCUAAUACUCCCAGCCCUGUGCCUGACGAGGGUGCCGACGACAAUAUGGAGGGCUGCUUCCCAGAGAUGUUGGCCAGAGACCUGGAGAUGUCGAGUGCGAUUUUCGCGGCCAAGAACAUGACUGCCGGAGAAGCAAGACAACAAAGCACCCUGCCCAGGUCGAAUUCUCACAUCCCCAUAUCAUCGAUGGUAUCCUUUAUCGAACAACGUGGCUACGUCUCCGAGGAGACUGGUUCAGAUGUUGAAUCUCUGCCCGCCUCUGAGUCUUCUGGAGGCAUGGAGAUUCCCUCAAUUCGGCUACGCGAGCAGUCUAUCGUUACAGCGGCUACAUCCCUUACAUCAGCCAGUGGAAGCGCUCCAUCACCCAAGGAUCUUCUCUCUCUGGACCGAGCGCAUGAAUAUAGCUGGAUUGACAUUGAUUCGGACGACGAUGACGACGAAGAUGAGAUUGAGGUGCAAGAAGAGCCUACUAUUGAGGAUCAAUCAGCUACUCUAUCUCCACGACCACCAACACCCCCAAGCACAGAGACGACAUUUGACAUAACAGUUAUGAUGAAAGAUAUCGACCAACCACCAAGGCAGCAACCACACCAGACUAGCCCUAGUGGCGACAGUACUCAAUCCUGGCACCAACGUCAGAUUUCCAUCAAGUCCAUGGGAGCCCCAAAGAUACCCCCAAGGAGAGCCUCCUUGUCACAAGCCACGAACCCCCUGGAUGCCACUUAUAGACCCAAGACGCCCUGCUUCGAAUCACGGGUAAGCACCGAGAGUCCUCGACAACAGCAGUCACCAUACUAUACACAACGCUUCCGCGACGAGACUGACAACAACACCAUCCUCCUCAAGUCAGACUUUGGCUCCAUUGAACUGGAGAUUGAGGAAGACAGCUAUAUGGACGAUUACACCCCCGACUAUCCUCCAGUCCUUUCUCGACCAGACACUAUCUACAUCCAAGAAACACCACCCCCAUCUCCACUACCUACAGUCCAGUCGUGGCUGGACGGCUCAAACCCACCUUGUCUACCCCAAAUACCAGUGGACGAUCUAGCAAAGGCCGUUCCACUGCCGCCAGAUAUCAUCGAGACGCUAAGAGUGUCGCUCGCCUGCUUCCCAGAGACGAUGCUCCUCUCGUCCAGUCUCACCAUCGAGACGAUCCGGACAUACUCAAAGAAGGUACGACAUCCUUCAACAGACAUCUGGAACGAGUCCCCGGUCGACCCGGCAGCCCCGGGGCCCCGGAGGUCUAUUUGGAAAAAGGUUGUCUCGCAUGGGCGCGAGUCGAUCGGUACCAGGCGCCACCGGUUACACAUGUACGAAGAUGGCGCUCACCAAGACGCUGUGGCGUCUCCGGCACCCUGGGCAUCUCUGAGACACGUCUUUGGCGGAUGCUCGGAUUACAUAUGCGACGCCCUGUAUGCCCACAUCGUCGCCUACAACUACGUGUCGCGCGUUCCUCGAAACCAGCCCGCCUCGCAGCAGCGCGCGUCGACGUCGUACUCGAAACACCAGAGCGAGGACAUCCCCAAGAAGGCGGCUACACUGCUCGGGCUGAGUGCGCCACAGACGCAUCUGACACCCAAUGUCGGGCGCUUCGCAAAGAAGUUUAGCACGCCGCUCACGGCCAUGGGCUUUGGCAAGGAUGAGGUUCCCUCGACUACAGCGCAGGACAAUGCCACGCGGAACAUUGAGUCCGGCUUGUUACGGUGCAUUUCUAGGCUUGUUGCUACAGCCAAGAUGAUGACUGAGGAGGGCAGUGGAGAGGAUAAGUUGGUGGAUGUUGAACCACAAGAGGUUGACAUGAUCUUUGUGAGAAGCCUCUGCGAGAUUGUAAGGAUUUCUGAGGAGGCAACUUAG